CUACAAUUAGUGUGACAAGCUGUAGGAUUGGUAAUCCGCCAUUCAGGGCUCAAUUCCCUGCUCGGUCCGAUUAUCUUUUUUUUCCGACCCGGAACACAGCUAAGACAUUUAUUUUCUCGAUUUACUUAAUACAUUGCCGCUACAAAUGCGUUUACAAUUAGCUUUCACGGUCCAGACCGACCGAUAAUAUACCAGACAAUUUAUGAUUGCUCAGACUACAAACGUAGUCCAAGCCACGAUGGCGUUGAUAGCUCUGGGUUUCUUUAAACAACACAAAGAGCCAGGUUCAUACCAGCACGUGAACCAGCUAUAUGGGCAUCUUGCCCCUCAAACCCUGUCUUUUCAGUCUACGAAUUUCCGCCUCCCCGGGAGUAGCUCUUCAUGUAGGCGAACCGGAAGCCGGCUGCAAGCCAUGCCGAACAAGCCGGCAGCAAGUCAUGCCGAACAAGCCAAAGAUUGGUACUAGAUGCAUAUACUCAAAAGCUUGACAGAGACACAUAGUACGCGUUUUUUCCCCAAAUUUAUUUGCAGAAGCCAGGUUAGCUAUACCUGUGAUACAGCUACAACAGUUAUGAGCAACUUU